CUGACCACAAACAAUUCAUCUAUAUUUCUUGUGGCUACAGUACACCAAAUCUGUAGUGAUCUGAAAACUCUCAUAAUCCGGUGAUGGCUGCUGCUUACGCAGCUUUAGUUUCUCUCACUCACGUUCUACACCAAAUUCUGCAUCCACCUCCUCUCAAUCAGAUCAUCAUUCCUAGAGACCAGAUAUUGUCUCUACAGCACAAAGUUUAUUUCUUGUUAGAUUCUCUUGAAACUUAUUCCAGGGUAGAAGAAAUUCAAGAUUUGGAAACCAAGAUUGCAGAAGCUGCUUAUGCAGCUGAAGAUAUCCUUGAAUCUCAUGUGGUCACCCAAAUCCGAGACAAGUAUCCCAUCCAUAGAGCAGAGAGUUCCCGUGGCCUGAAUGGAGUUAAAGGUCUUCGUGCAAUGGUGAAAAAGCUGGGGAAGAUCAACUACAAGAAUGAGAUACCAAGGGUGAUAAAGAAGUUUCAUUCACUCGAGAAAGAGGUGGCCAGGAUCAGAGACAAGAAAGGCGUCGAAGAUUUGCAUUCGAAUAAAUCCAGCAUGGCUACCUCAUCCCCACGGCCUCCCCCGAUUAGGGAGGAGACAAUGGUUGGAUUCAGUGAGCAGUUGUUGCAAGUUAUGAGUGCAAUCACCACGUACGAACUGAAUCGCCUGAUCAUCCCGAUUGUUGGAAUGGGAGGCAUUGGUAAGACCACUCUGGCUACUAAUGUAUUCAACAAUCCUACUAUCAGAGAUUACUUCCCUAUACGUGCUUGGAUAACGGUGUCCCAGGUUUAUACUGUGAGAGAGAUUCUUCUAGGCCUUCUGCAUCACAUUUGUAAUGUUUAUGCAGAUGAGCAGAAGAGGAGUGAUGAGCAACUAGGAGAGUUGCUGUAUAAAGAGCUAUUUGGGAGGAAGCAUCUGAUAGUAAUGGAUGAUGUGUGGGAUAUUGAGGCAUGGGACAGCAUAAAGAGGUUCCUUCCACCGAGUAACGAUGGAAGUCGAGUCUUGAUAACCACAAGGCUGUCGAACUUGGCGGUAUAUUUUGGGAGUUGCAGCCCUUAUGAAAUGAAGUUUCUAGAUGAUGCACAAAGCUGGGAUUUACUUUGUGAAAAGGUUUUUGCAAAAUAUGGCUGCCCUGUUGAAAUGGAGGAAGUUGGAAAAAGUAUUGCUAAAAAAUGUGGAGGACUGCCCCUAGCCAUAGUUGUUAUUGGUGGGCUUCUUGCAAACUCUAAAAUGACUAGAGAAUAUUGGGAAUCUGUUGAUGCAGAUGUGGCUUCUGCCAUAAACCAUGGAAAUGAUGACCAAUGCAUGAAGAUAUUAUCGUUGAGUUAUAGUCACUUGCCUAUAUAUAUAAAGCCAUGCUUUCUUUAUCUCUGUGUGUUUCCAGCUGAUUUGGCAGUUAAAGUGUCCAAGCUUGUAAAACUGUGGGUUGCUGAAGGAUUCAUUAGAGCGACUAGCAAUAAGACCUUAGAGGAGACCGCAAAGGAGUAUUUGGAGGAGUUAAUCAACAGAAAUCUUGUUUUGGUUUGUCAGCAAGGAAGUAGUGGAAAGUUGAAGAGCUGCAGCAUUCAUCAUACGAUAUGGGACCUCUGCACGAGGGAAGCUCACAAAGACAACUUUCUGCAUAUUGAAAAGUUUGAUAAACCGAAAAUCUCACCAAAUAUUGAAAGAGAGCGCCGCAUCAGUAUUCAGCCCUGUAGAAGGAAAGAGAAGUUAAAUGUUCCCUUGCUACUGGCACCUCUUAACAGAUCAUUGUUAAGUAGCUUAUAUUGGGAAUCCAGAAAAAUUACUCGUAAGUUUCGUUUGCUACGGGUACUUGAUGUAGUUGACUUCUACUCCAUUGAUGAGAUUUUACACCUGAUCAACACAAGAUAUGUUGCUUGUGCCAUGGAUAUGUCAUUAAGAAAUUUUUCUCUCUGGAAAUCUAUAUCCCGACUUUGGAAUCUGGAAACUUUAGUUAUUGAUAGAGAAGUCUUUCUACCUCCUCAAUUCUGGCAGAUGGCACAGCUUAGACAUCUGAAGAUGGAAAGAAUCAUCCUCAAUGACCCUCCAAAUGCCCAAAUGGAUGACCAAAGUUUUGUAGUUCUUGAGAACCUACAAACACUUUCGACGGUCCUAAACUUCAGAUGCACUGAGCAGAUAAUUCAACGAAUCCCAAAUUUGAAGAAACUGAGGGUUACUUAUGGUUAUAGAACCGAUGGCUUUGGAACACAUUACCUGUGCAGUCUUGUCCAUCUUGAUAGACUCGAAUCACUUGGCAUCAGAGGUCAUGAGAAGUUAUCUGGGAACAUUGACUUCCCAGGUUCCCUAAGAAAGUUGACUCUGGAAAAUUGCUUCAUUCCCUGGGAUGAUAUGUCCAUGAUUGGUGUGUUGCCUAAUCUUGAGGUUCUCAAGUUGAGGACUAAUGCUGCUAAGGGCCAAGAAUGGCAUCCAGUUGAAGGAGAGUUUUGUCGACUGACGUUCCUAUUGGUUCAUGGAUGUGAGUUGGAGAUUUGGGAAGCAGAACAUACCCAUUUUCCAGUUCUUCAGCACUUAUAUCUCAGACGCUUGAAGCUGAAGGAGAUUCCAAUGGCUUUUGCAGAGAUAUUAACUCUGCGAAUUAUUGACUUGAAAUACUGUAGUAGUUCUCUGGAGAUAUCAGCAGAAAAAAUAUCAGAGGAACGGGAGAGCCUCGGAUAUGAUGACUUUCAACUUCGAUUAAAUCCUUCAGAGAUUUCAUGGAGCCAAGAAAAUGUAGUUGGUUUUGAAGAUGAGGCAAACACUCUCAUCAAAUAUCUCAAUGAAGAAUCGGAGAAGCUUGAAGUUAUAUCUAUCACUGGUAUGCCUGGUUUUGGGAAGACAACUCUCGCAUGGAAGAUUUAUCAGGAUCCAAGAAUUCAGUAUAAGUACUCAACUCUGAUUUGGGUUAACGUUUCCCAAGAGUUCAGCAUGAAGAAAGUGUUUCUUACCAUUCUAGAAAGGUUCACUGAGCUAGACAUGUCUGUUUUAACUGAAGGUGAGUUAGCUCAGAAGGUUCAGUUCUACCUCGAGAAGCAAAAUUUCUUGAUGUUCAUGGAUGAUGUUUGGACAGCUGAGAUCUGGAAAACUAUUGAAAAUUCAUUGCCAAAGAGUAAUAGAAUGGGAAAAGUUGUGAUAACAAGCCGCGAUGAGAAAGUAGCUAGACAAGCAAAUCACUUGAGGGAACCCCACAAGCUACGCGUCCAAGAUUCCAAAGAAAGUUGGGAGCUUCUCCAGCUAAAAGUGUUUGGUAAGCUUGAUGAAUGCCCACCAGAGUUGGAAGAGAUUGGGAGUAUUAUAGCCAAGCAAUGUGAAGGAAUCCCGCUUGCAAUAAUCGUGAUAGCAGGAAUUCUUGUUGAAAAAUACCCGAAAGCUAGUGAUAUGAAAAUUCAGUGGGAGAAUAUAUCAGCUAGUUUGAGUAUGUACUUCAAGUAUGACAGUAUUGUUGAGAAUAUCAUUGCAUUGAGUUACGAUCAGCUACCUCGUUACUUGAGAGAUUGCUUUCUCUAUUUAGGCAUGUUUCCUGAAAAUGCAGAGAUCCCGACUUGGAAACUCAUUCGUCUGUGGGUUGCAGAAGGAUUCAUACCGAAAAAUACAGAGAAGACCUUGGAAGAAUUGGCAGAGGACAAUCUUAAGGACCUUAUAAAGAGAAACUUAGUCAUUGUUGAUAAGACAGCGGCCAAUGGCGAUGUUAAAACAUGUCGUGUUCAUGAUAUGAUACGUGAGUUCUGCAAAAAUGAGGCUGCUGUUACGAAACACAAUUUGUUUCAAGAGGUUGAAAAAUCAAGUGAAGGAGUCUUCUAUCCAUCUGUUUCUGAAAUAAGGAACUAUCGUCGUCUAUGUAUCCAUUCCAAUGUGGUUGACUUCCUCCGUAAAAGGCCAAAGGGUCCAUGGGUUGUGUCAUUUUUGUGUUUUUCCAAGGAAACUAUCACGUUACCACCAGAGUACACUUCAUCGAUCCCUGAUUCGUUCAAUCUGCUGAGGGUGUUAGAUGUGAACCCCAUCAAGUUCACCAAAUUUCCCUUUAAGCUUACUCAACUAACUCAAUUGAGGUACAUUUCUCUAUGUGGUGACAACUUCACUGCACUUCCUAAUGCCGUGUUUGAGCUUGGGAAUCUACAGACUAUAAGAGUUGAUACAGUGUCGCGUACACUUGAGAUAGAAGCAGACAUAUGGAACAUGAUGCAGCUAAGGCAUUUGAAGACGAAAGCAGCCAUUGUUAUUGAUAAGGAAGUGAAAGGUGAAGCUGGAAAGAAUCUACAGACACUCAGUCUGUUGUCCGCCCAAUGUUGCACAGAGGAUGUGUUCGACAGGGCCUUAAACCUGAAUGAUUUGGGGAUUCGUGGGCAACUAAGCAUUGUUUUAGACACUAAUCUAAAACAGUUAACUUGUCUUCAAAAGUUGAGACUGGUGCAUGAUGUUUAUCCUGAGAUGAACUAUUUGAAACCAUUGCCUCGUCUUCCUCGAGCAGACAGAUUCCCUCCCAAUCUAAAAUUCUUGAAAUUGUCAUCCACAUUUCUGGAUUGGAAGCAUAUGUCCACUUUGGGGGAGCUUCGUUAUCUUGAGGUGCUCAAGUUGAAAGAAAAUGCAUUUGUGGGUAAGUUGUGGGAUGUUGUUGGCGGCGGCUUCCCUUCUCUUCAAUUCUUGCACAUUCAGCGCACGGACUUAGAGUUUUGGACAGCGUCAGGCGAACCUCUUCCUAAGCUCAAAUGCCUCGUGCUUAAGAAGUGCAAGGAGCUUGAAGAAAUUCCAUAUGUGCUGGUGAAAAGCCUCGAGGUGAUGGAGAUUGAUCGUGUUUCUGAAUCUGUGGUUUCCAUUGCCAGGAAAAUGGAGCUGGAGAAGCAAGGACAACUACGGGCCAAAAGUGAUCGAUUUAAGCUCAUAAUUAAUCCCAUCGCAGAGUGAUAGCUGUGGAACGUGCUUCUCCUUCUCUAGAUUCCUCUCAACUAGGGCUAUUACAAAUACAAUUCAUUUCCCUCUCUUCUUUGAGUUCAAUUUUCUAUUUUUGUUUUCUUGUUCAGCGAAUUAAUUAGUGUUUCUUUUUUCGAAGAAACUAGUCUUCUUAGAUGAAUAGAUCUGCCAAGAUCUAUGGUCACAACUAGUUGUUUGAGGGGGAAAAAGAUAAGAAUAAUGAUACACUUCUACCGAAA